CACACACACGCACAUUCAUUUGAUCUAUUAACAAUAAUAUAAUUGCAGACGAAACUGAUAUACAGGGCCAGGGACGUUGACGUUGACGUCGCCGUUGCCAACGUCGUAUAAAUUGGAAAGUGGCAAAAAAAAAGUUAAUAGCAACUACAACAAUUCAGUGAGCACACAACGGUAAUAGCAGUAAAUAUAUACACACACACACACACACAUGCAUAUGCACGCACACAUGGAGGCGCUUGUUUGAUUUACAAUUUGGAGCAAUCGAGCAAAGCAGCGAGCAAAAAAAGAAAAACAAGACAUAGACAAGACAGCAACAAAUUAUGACGACGCGUGAAAAUGUUUCGAGUCGCUUGUCCAAAUUGAUGCUUAACAAUGCCAGCAGCAGCAACACGCCGACGACGCCAGCAGCCAAUCCCAAAUCCAUGGUGCAAUCACCGACAUCGCCUGGCGAACAAUCGGAGCUGAAUCAACUAAAACGCGAUGCGGAUCCGCAAUUCUCGCGUUUCGCCGACUAUUUUGUGAUAUGUGGCUUGGAUCUGGACACGGGCCUGGAGCCCGAUCGUUUCGCAGGUGAUAAUCUGCACUGCUCGCCGCUGGAUCGCGCCUACAAGAGCAAACCACUAGCGCAUUAUCCCGAGAAUGUCGCUUGGAAUCCAUUUGAUGCGCACGGCAUUUGCAUGCUGUCGCUGCCACAGGGCCUGCGCUUUCGCACCCAGAAGCACAACAUUGAGCCCAAGUUCCAUUCGUUUGCGACGACGCGGGAGGAUGGCAAACGUUGUUAUGGAUUCAGUCUGGUCUUCUAUGAGGAGAUACGCAAUCGCAACAUUUGCGGCGCCAUCCACACGCUGCAGUCCAUGUUCAUAACGGAGCUGUCCAAUGGGCAGCAGGCGCACUCACUGAGCCGAGUCAAGCAGGAUGGACCCGUCAGUCGAUCGCUGCCGCGACACUUCAAAGUUGCCGGGCAGGCGCCGCAGUCCGCACAAAGCUACUACGACAUCAGCAAGGAUAAGUUGUUCGUCGCCAAAAGUAUAUCGCUAAUCUGCCAAGCGCCCUACGCGUUUGCCGCUCAGAUAUUCCUCAAGAAUUUGUACCGUUGUCUUCCACGACAGCCCGGGGCUGGCAUUAGUCUCGAAUCGUAUGUGUACAAUAUCCUGUAUGAAGUGAUGCUACCUCAACCGGGCAAAUCGAUACGCGUCUAUUUGCCACCGAUGGAGCCGCAUUUGCCGGCAAUUGCGGUGAUAUUGCAGCGUCCAGCAUUGGCCACCGAAUUACCGUUGCUGGACUUUCCGUUGCGUCUGCUAUUUAGUUAUCUGGGUGUGGAGUGUGUCAUCCAGCUACUCACCUGUGUGCUGCUCGAGAGUCAGGUGCUGCUGCGCUCGACGGACUACCAGCGACUCAUGAUUGUGGGCGAGUGCAUAACAUCGCUGCUGUUUCCGUUCAUUUGGCCGCAUGUCUAUGCACCGAUUUUGCCGGCUGCACUGCAUCAUUUUCUGGAUGCGCCGGUGCCGUUUGUGAUGGGUCUGCAUGCGGAAUGCGAGGCAGCGCACAAAAUUGGCAGCGAGGCUGUGCUGUGCUUCGUGGACAUCGACAAGAAGCACAUUCAGCUGCCCGAGGAGCUGCCCGUCUUUCCGCACAAGAUGGACUUUAUGGCCGAGAUCAUCUCUGUGCUGGACAAGUUCGAAAUAGAGCGCGAUCGCGCUCACGAGCCAACCCUGAAGAACGGCUACGUGGUGCGUGGCGCUGGCGGUGGCGUUGCCGAUGCCAUGAUCUCAAGCUGCACGCUGCCCAACGGUCUGCAGGCGGCGCGUCGCAGCAAAGAGCGCUUCCAUCAGCUGCAGGAGACAGUCUACACGCUUCAGUCCAGUGGUGGCUUCGUUGGCGGUUCGCCGACACAAUUGCCUGGCGUCGAUUAUCAGCCACUGGUGGCGCAUCCCUCGAAAAUAGAUCAUGUGCCGCGCAUCGCUGACUUUCUGCGUCGCAAGGGUGGGAUGCGUGCCAACCAGGCGGGUGGCUCACCCGUCGGCAGUCCCACACUCUCGCUGUCCUCGUCACCGGUGGGCAUCUACCAUGAUGUGGAUGCCGUGGAUGCCACGCUGCCGCCCUCGCGCAUGGGCUCGUUGUCGCGACGCGGCGAGAAGCCGACACUGAAUAUUGUGGAGCAAUACUAUCAGGAUUUGCGCAUCAACAACUCGUUGCGUGAGAUUUUUCUGAAUCGUUUUGCGCACAUGUUCCAUGCCUACGAACACUUUGUCAUCCAUCCCAAUCAGGCCAAGGAUGAGUGGCUCUCGAAUCGCGAGACGUUGCAGAAUUUUGAUAAAUCCUCAUUUCUGUCCGAUCAGCCGGAGCAUCAUCGCGCCUUUCUCGCACGCUUCCUAGAAUCUCAAAUGUUCGCCACGCUAAUCGACAACAAAAUACUGGCCAUGUGGGAGCCGCUGCCCGAUGAGCAGCUACAGCUCUUCGAUCAGCGCAUUAAGCUACUCCGUCGUCGCCAUGGCGAGAACAUGAUCUGCACCACCAGCUAUGAGCCGUGCGUGGUCAGCCAGGAUUCGCAGCAGUAUUUUGAGAAGCGUCUCAAUUGCAUUGACAUCGAGGUGACGCCGCCAAGUGAGAUUCUGUCCAAUCGGGCUGCCUAUUUUCGCAGCUUUCCGCUGCUCGAGAAGGGUGUGCUGAAUCAGGAGUGCGCCUCGAGAGGCAACAGCCUGCGCCGCGUCAAGAAUGGCAACAAGUGGCGCGCCCGGGAUAUUCCGUUGGAUCAGAAACCGGUGAACAGCAGCAAUUCGAAUUCCAACUCCAACUCCAAUGCGGCCAUCAAUCGUCUGUCGGCAAAUUUGACGACGGCGGAUGUGAGUCCCGCAUUGAUAGCCCAAGCCAACUGGACAUUUGUGGAGCGUCUGCUGAAGGACAUCAAGUCGAAGACGAAGCGCAUGCUGCUCGAAAAGAUGGGCAACGAGGCGGUCGCCUUGGGUCUGAAGGGUGACGGAGUUGAGGAGAAUACGCUGAUAGCGAGCAUGUGUGAUUUGCUGGAGAAGAUCUGGUCGCAUGGUCUGCAGAACAAACAGGGCAAAUCGGCGCUUUGGUCGCAUCUGCAGUCCUAUCUGGAGCAGCAGGAGUCACGCAACAGCGGCGGCGGCGGAGGCAACGUGGAAACAUCAUCGCCCGUCUCCAGCAGUCCAAGCAGCAACAGGAUGAACAUUGCCAGCGCCUCGCCAGCGCUCGCCUGGAAUGCGAUGCGUAAACGCAUGGAUUACUUGUCCACGUUCCAAACGGACUUUGAGAGUCCGCCGAGUCCGAAUCGCAGUCGGUCGCGUGAUCGCAACAAGUUUGUGGGUCUGGAACAGCUGUGCCCGUUGCCCGAGUCGCUGGAGUUCGAUGUCAAAAACGUGCUAGCCAUGGCAGACAUCAAGACUCAUAUUGGUUAUACGCGCGCCUGGGUGCGUCUCUCUCUGGAGAAGAAGCUGCUGUCGCGUCAUUUUCGCACGUUGCUCUCCGAUGAGAGUUUGUUGCGCUCGCAUUACAAGAGAUCCGCAUUUUUGCGCUGCGAGGAGGAGAAGGAGCAGUUCCUCUACCAUCUGCUGACUCUCAAUACCGUGGACUACUUUAGCUUUACCAACAUUUAUCCCACAACGAAGCUGCCGUAUCGCGUUGUCAUUUUCCCGUCGCGCAAACACGGCUCCUAUCACACCUCCAGCAAUGUGUGGAUCAUGGUCUCCGGCACCAUGAACGAAACACAACGUGUACCAGUGCCCAAGGGCUCGCUGGAGUUCAUCUUCCAUUAUAAAAAUCUUGGACUGCUGACCACCAUGCGCAUUGGACACGACAAUUCGGGCCAGAGCCACAAGUGGCUGGUGGAACAGGUGGUGAUGCGCAACGAGGUCACCGGACACACCUACAAAUUUCCCUGCGGACGUUGGCUGGGCAAAGGUGUCGAUGACGAUUCAACGGAACGUUUGCUGGUGGGACAGCGUGUCUCCACCAGCGUGAAGAACGCUGAGCUUGUACCGCCAACACGUACACCGCCACGCACACGCAGUCCGAGCGUACAGCGUCAGGAGUCGGUGGCGCCAUCGGAGAUUCAGCAUCAGCUUGGCAACUGCGUCAAUGUGAUUGUCAAGUGGCACUAUAAGCCGAGUCGGGACAGGGAUGUGGGCACGCUGACGCAUCUGCUGUGCGGCGAUGACGGACUGGUCAAAUGCCUGGAGCAGGUCUUCCUUUGCGGCUUUCGGUCGUCCCGUUUCUUUGGACGCAAUCUGUACAUCUGGGAUUACUUCACCAAAAUCAAGGAGCUAUUCGAACAGAAUUUGCAGCAGGAGUUUGAUGAUUCUGCGUCCAGCAUGGACUCUUCCUUCAGCAAUGGUAGCAGCAACAGCCUGCAGCGACGUGAGGUGAGCAGCAUUUGGCGUCUAUAUGUGCAGCUGAUGGACGAGAUUAAUGGCACGGCCAGCACCCUGGGCAAAGACGGCAAAUUUCAGCUGCUCAUUUGCCUCAGCUUGAGGGAGCAUCUGUUGACGCGAUUGAUUAAACCGAUGGCCUUGACGAAGGUCACGCACGAGAUGUACGAGGAGGAGAGUUUUCUGCGUCGACGCAAUCUAUUAACAUUUCUUAUACAGAUUCUGGAGCCGCUCGAUGAUUGCCACAUCGUGCUGGAGAACUCCAUAACCCAGGGCAUACGCAUUCCAUCCCAGUGCUGAGCUAAACUACCAAUAGCCACCACAAUCCACACAACACCCACAGACAUUUGCAACCCGUGACCUAGAAUACUCAUAUACAUAUUGCCCUUAAGUACAUACGAAACAUACGUGAGGAAUCUCCUGAAAUCUCCUGAAAUCUCGAAUUCGUUGUUAGUUUUAUGUAAGCUGAGAAGACUUGUCAAUCCCUUAUAAUCCUAAUCCUAAUCCUAAACACAAUCACUUGCCAUCCACACGCUUGCCAAGUGUACCAAGUCAAAGUGAAGCCAAAGUUGAACAAAAAAGAAAACAAAUUCUGUGCAAUUAUGAAAUUUAACCCAAAACAAAAAGACAAACAAAAAAAUUGUUGUUCAAUACGAAAACUGCAUAGCUAUAGUGUUUAAGAUACUCCAAUUAUGUAUCAUCGUCUUAAUAUCUUGGUCAAUUUAUGCUAAGUUAGGACAUUAUUUUUCGAAUGGUUGCUUUUCGUUUAGUUGAUAUACCAAAGAAAUUUAUUGUUUUCUGAUACGAAUUAUUGUCAAUUUUAUGAUAUUAUUAUUGAAAUUAAGUGUGAGAUUAUGUGAAUGAUGUUUUUGUUAAAAGCAAGCUUUAUUUUUUUAUUUCAUUUAGCCAAAAAAACAAAACAUUUACGAAGUUAUUGAGUGUCAAUAAAUAUACAAAAGACAGCAAAAUAUAAAAAAAAA